AUGAAGAGCACAUCAGCUCUCGCGGCCGGCCUGGCCUGCUGUGCUGCCUCGGCCGUCCUGGCGCAGGAGUCAUGUCCCAUCACCCUCCAGCCCGCCUAUCCGCAGCCGGUAGUGGCCGACGGCUUCACAGCUCGCCUCAUUGCCUCGAACCUCAGCCGCCCACGCAGCCUGCUUUUUGAUGCCUCGGGCAAGAUGCUCGUUCUCCAGCAGCGCAGUGGCAUCCGCCGCCUGGGCUUCACCGAUCAUGGGAGCACCUGUGUCGAGGUCACCGAGAACACCGUCGUCAUCAACGACACCUCGCUCACACACGGCAUUGCCCUCUCCAACGACGGCAAGACGCUCUUUGCGUCAUCGGCCACGCAGGUCUUUGCCUGGGCCUACGAUGCAGCGACGGGCACCAUCAGCGGCGACAGAAAGGUCGUCAUCAACGGCAUGGGCAACAGCGGCCACACGACCCGCACCCUUCUCAUGUCGGCAAAGUCGCCCGGCACCCUCAUCGUGUCCUACGGUAGCAAUGGCAACAUCGACCCAGAAGCCCUCAACGCCGAGUCUGGGGUCUCCCAGAUCCGUGCCUUUGAUGUCAGCACUCUGCCCGCCCAGCCCAUCGACUACGCCUCGGGCGGCAAGCGUCUGGGCUGGGGUCUGCGCAACUCGGUGGGCGUGGCCGAGGAGCCCGUCACCGGAGGCAUCUACAGUGUCGAGAACAGCGCCGACGAGCUCACGCGCGACGGCACUGAUAUCCACCAGAACAAUCCCGGCGAGGAGCUCAACUUUCACGGCACCCUCAACAGCACAGCCGAGGGCGGCAACCAUGGCUACCCGACCUGCUUCGCCCUCUGGGACACCAACGUCCCUGCGGUCGGUGAUCUCACCACUGGCAGCCAGUUUGUCACGAAGACGGAUGGCAGCAACGGGGCUACCGACGCCCAGUGCAAUAGCGACUAUGUCUCUCCCCGCCUGACCUUUCAAGCCCAUACGGCGCCUCUCGACAUCAUCUUUGCCCCUGAUGGUAGCGCUGCAUAUGUCUCUUUCCACGGUAGCUGGAAUCGCGAUGAGCCAGCUGGCUACAGGCUCAGCAGCAUCGCCUUCGCCAACGGCGAGCCCGUAGCUGCCGCAGACAGCAAGACCGCGCUUGUCGACGUUCUCUCCAACCCAAGUCUCACGGCCUGUCCGGAUAACUGCUUCCGGCCCGUCGGCCUCGCCAUCGACAGCGCCAACAGACUCUUCAUGACGUCCGACUCCACGGGGGACAUCUGGGUCCUCGACUCUGCCGAGGCGGCCACCGCUCUCAGUGGUGGCGGGCAGACCAGCUCGGCUGCUUCCAACCCUGCCACAAAGUCAUCGCCAUCUCCCGUGCCUACAGGUGCUGCAGCCCCGUCUCGCGGCGGAUUCGUUGGUGUUGGUGGCAGUGGGAGUGGUAAUGUAGCCGUGGUCGGUGCUGUUGUCGCGGCGGCGUGCUUCGCAUUCACGACGCUCAUGAUCUGA